UAGCGGAGUGCUGAGCACGGCUCUCGCAACUCAAGAUGGCGGAUGAGAGUGAGACAGCAGUGAAACCGCCGGCACCUCCGCGGCCGCAGGUGAUGGAAGGGAAUGGAAACGGCCACGAGCACUGCAGCGAUUGCGAGAACGAGGAGGACAACAACUACAACCGGGGUGGCUUGAGUCCAGCUAAUGACACUGGAGCCAAAAAGAAGAAGAAGAAACAAAAGAAGAAGAAAGAGAAAGGCAAUGAGACAGAUUCCCCGCAGGAUCAGCCUGUGAAGAUGAACUCUUUGCCAGCAGAGAGGAUUCAAGAAAUACAGAAGGCUAUUGAGCUGUUCUCAGUGGGUCAGGGACCUGCCAAAACCAUGGAGGAGGCCAGCAAGCGAAGCUACCAGUUCUGGGAUACACAGCCAGUCCCCAAGCUGGGUGAAGUGGUGAACACCCAUGGUCCCGUGGAACCUGACAAGGACAACAUCCGCCAGGAACCUUAUACCCUACCGCAGGGCUUCAUCUGGGAUGCUUUGGACCUGGGAGACCGUGGUGUGCUGAAAGAACUCUACACCCUUCUGAAUGAGAACUAUGUGGAAGAUGAUGACAACAUGUUCCGAUUUGAUUACUCUCCAGAGUUUCUUUUGUGGGCUCUCCGGCCACCUGGUUGGCUUCCUCAGUGGCACUGCGGGGUUCGAGUGGUCUCAAGUCGGAAGCUAGUUGGGUUCAUUAGUGCCAUCCCAGCAAACAUCCACAUCUAUGACACAGAGAAGAAGAUGGUAGAGAUCAACUUCCUGUGUGUCCACAAGAAGCUUCGCUCCAAGAGGGUGGCGCCAGUCCUGAUCCGAGAGAUUACCCGGCGGGUCCACCUAGAGGGCAUUUUCCAAGCUGUUUACACUGCCGGAGUGGUAUUGCCAAAACCUGUUGGCACGUGCAGGUACUGGCAUCGGUCUCUAAACCCACGGAAGCUAAUUGAAGUGAAGUUCUCUCACCUGAGCAGAAAUAUGACCAUGCAGCGCACCAUGAAGCUCUACCGACUGCCAGAGACUCCUAAGACAGCUGGGCUGCGACCAAUGGAAAAAAAGGACAUUCCAGUAGUGCACCAGCUGCUCACCAGGUACUUGAAGCAGUUUCACCUCACGCCUGUCAUGAACCAGGAGGAGGUAGAACACUGGUUCUACCCCCAGGAGAAUAUCAUUGACACUUUUGUGGUGGAGAGUGCAAAUGGUGAGGUGACAGAUUUUCUGAGCUUUUAUACACUUCCCUCCACCAUCAUGAAUCAUCCAACCCACAAGAGUCUAAAAGCUGCUUACUCCUUUUACAAUGUUCACACCCAGACCCCUCUUCUAGACCUCAUGAGUGACGCCCUUGUUCUCGCCAAGAUGAAAGGGUUUGAUGUGUUCAAUGCACUGGAUCUCAUGGAGAACAAAACGUUCCUGGAGAAGCUCAAGUUUGGCAUUGGUGAUGGCAACUUGCAGUAUUACCUGUACAAUUGGAAGUGCCCCAGCAUGGGAGCUGAAAAGGUUGGGCUGGUGUUACAGUAACCAGUUGCCAGUGAGAUUCUGGAUAAAGCCACAGAGAAUUCAACCAGGAAAUGGAACCCCACCACUUGUUGGUCCAACUUUCACAAAUGUGGGAAUCCCUGGCAAAGAGAACAGAAUUGAACCGGCUUUACCAAACCGCCAGCAAACUGGACAAUUGUAUUGCAGUGGUAUUGGCUGUGUGAUGUCACCUCUGGCUGUGUCUCUGGUCUCCGUGUUUUCAGUUAAUCACAUCCUCGUGCAGCCAUGAUCAAGGGACUGAAACUGCUGAAAACUAGCUCAUGAUUGGCAUAUUAUGGAGUUAACGGGUGAAUAAUAAAGUAUAUAUAUAUAUUAUAUAUAUAAAUAUAAAUAUUUUAAAUAUCUUUCAUGUUCCAAAUGUACAAGGAUGUUUGGUCUCUAAUGAAAAACUAUACCCAGUCAUUCCUCAAAAUUAGAAUGCAAGGAUGGUGGCAGGCAGACAUGUAUCGGCACAGCUCAUUGUUUCCUGCUGAAGCAGGCAUUGGCUUUUCUCAGGGGAGCAGGAGAAAGAGAAUCUGGGGAAGCUCAUGCAGUUUCCCUUCAACAUUGGCGACCAGCCGGCUAGCUUUGAGUCAGGAGGGAAGGCGGAUGGACUGCCAGUUCGGGAGAGCACGCCGAUCUCCAGGAUGGCAGAUGAAACUCCUGGAUGAGGCUGCUCUGAGAAAGGGGCCAGAGCACUUCUGCAUUCUAAGACUAAGCGGUGGGGACAAUCGUGGAAGCAAAUUUCAUUAAUCAAGCCCCUCUUCCAUCUCCUGGUACUUCUCCCAUAAGAAAGCAUCCUGCCCAGUGAUUUUAAAGGCUUUUGAGCCAGCUGUUGCCAACCUUACAGAUAGGUAUGUGCCCCCUGUGCGAUUUUGCCUUUCCACUACCUGGGAUGACUGGCCAUUUGAAGGGGACUUUCAACCUCCUUGUAGCAUCUGGGACCUUGUGGAGACCACAUCAGUGCAAGCCCUGCUUAACUCAGAAAGAACAGAGUCAGCACCCUUGGGUGGCUGGACAGGCAUAGUGUGGGCCAGAACCCAGGCCUUCAGCCUCACCGCAGCCUCUGCUUGUGCCUUCAGCCCAUCAGCCGUCUCCUGCUCCUCGGUCUCCUCCAGGACGUGCAGCUGCAGUGGCGGCAAGAACAGUAACGAGGCAGAGCUGGACUUGGCAACACAACCAUUGUCUGAGUCUUAUUGCUGAUGCUGAUUUGUGGAUUUUUGUGGUGGUGGUGAUGGUUAUUGGCUGCCAGUUUCUCCAGAAGUACACAAGCCUCUGGUCACAUGGUUGCCCACGUGGGCAUUCCUCAGUGGUGUUCAGCCAAGUGGCCUGGGAGCACUGGGUUAUGAAUUGUCAGCAAGCCACGUUCAACUUCCUCCUAACUCUUGCUCUAAGAGAAAGCCUCAGGUGGACAGCAUGAUAUGUGGUGGUGAUUUCCUUGGUGUUUGACCUCUUGGCUUUCUGGAGGGAAAGAAGCCUUAGCCUGAAGCCAGGCUCAGCCUGGUCCCAUGAAAGGAAGCUGCUGUACAGGUGAGCAGGCAUUUGAUUCAGUCCGUAGGUUCUGGUGUGGUUUGCCAGGAGCUCAUUUCUGCAAUCUCCAAAGCUGAAAGAAAUUAUGUGCUUGAGAGGGAGGCUGUGUCACUUGAGCAUGUUGCCUGCUCUCUGCAGACUGCUGCUGCUGCUGGAAAAGAAGCCCAGUCUGCUUGAUUCUCACCAGAGGCCUCUAGGGACCUUCUUUCUCCCUAGUGUCCUGUGCUGCAAAUUGCAAGCACCAGCAAGUGGCUGACUUGUGACUCCAAGAUACUCAGACCAAAGAAGCUGCUGUUCUUGGUCAGAUGUGCACCGAGUUCAGCAGAGGAAGAUCAGAGAGGCUCCCUUCACAGCCUCAGUCAUCAGACACAGUGCCCCACAUGCCAGAGUGGGUUCACCCUGCCAGAUCUCUAGGACAUCAGAGAAAGUACUGAAGCCUUUCUUAUUUUGGGCUGAACUUGGAAUGUGGAAAGGUUCCUGCCAUAGUCUUCAUCAGUUCUGGGCCAGAUCCCAGCUCAAAUUGCCUCUGAGACUUGGAAUAUGCAAAUCUCUGGAGUGAGCUUGGAUUUCAUUGAUCCUCAUCAUGGAAUGGAACAGUGAGCCCCAGCUGACUUCUCUGGAAGAAACAGGUCUCUGGCAAAGGUCCCAGCAUCCCAUUCCCCAAAACCAGGUGGUCUGCUCCUCUGAUUCUGUUUCCUCAUGAUGGGGCCUUGCCCAGGUCUGCAGGAGUUGGCUCCGAGGUUGCUUUCUGUCUUGUUUUUACCCAUACUGUCCCUGUGUUAUUCACUGACUCCUGGGAUUUGUGGCCAGAGAGCACCAUCCCAGAGUCCUGGCAGUAUGACAGCACCAUGAACCCUGAGGCCUCUAAGCAAAGCCACCCAAGGCAACCCCUCUGGAAAGCCUCUCUAGGCAUGGUCCCCCACCCUCUGUCAACCAGUUUUCUGGCUGCCAGGUUCCAAAGUUGACCUGUUCAUCUGCCUUUGGGUUGACUCUCCAUCUGACCAUGGACUCCAGUCUAUAGCGAGGGAGCUUGGUAGAAAGGCUUAACUCUGGAUUGAGGCCUACAUAGGGCUGAUUUUCCUCACACGUGCCUGUGUCUGAAGAUGCUGAUGUCUAAAAGUUAACUCACACCAAGCUACUCUAACAUUCAUUUUUUUAUGAAAAAUUUCAGGCUUUGCCUGCAACUCCCUUUUAACUGCCAUUUGCCCUCCCUUAAGUUGCUGGCUCUCUGAAGGCCAGAGGCAGGUGCCCCUGUGGUCUUGAAUUCUUUCUUCAAAGAUGACCAGCAUCAAACCAACCUAAGGACCUAAAGGCCUUGAAAAGUUUCAUUGGGCUGUCUAUGGUUCAGGAGAGAUUCUGUGGUCAGGGAAAGGGGCAGGAGUUUUCUCCUGUAUGUAGCCUGGUCUGCCUGACCCAGAACCCGGAGACGACCUAAGACCUCUCAGGUUUGCUCUGCUGCAGGCGGCAGCCCUGGAGACAGUCUGCACCUGGGAGUCUGUUCAGGACAAUUUUAUUCAGUGAAACUGACAGGCAGGCGCUGUGUCUGGGGGUGGGGGAGGGCAAGCUUCACCUUUUUGUCUCGGCUUUUCUUUGGGCUGUAGUGGGGGCAUUCAUUGCCAGGGUGGGGGAAGAAAUACCAAAUGCAUAUUGUUCCACUCAGUACAUCUCACUUGUUUCUAAUAAAGGAAGCAGCUGAACAGACAAA